ACGCGUAUAGAAUCGCGUAAAUUUUCGGGAUAUUCUAAUUAAUGACAGUGAAACAGUAAAUAAUGAGCGGUAAACGAACGAGUGGCGAACGGUAAAGUUUGUAAAUCCGAAUUCUGAGGAAGUAAAAGCAUGACGGACCAGCUGCAAAGUGAAAUAAAAUCGGAUUUUUGUCGAAUUUGCAAUAAAAAUGCAGUGAAUUUGCGACACAUUUACAAUGAUGAGCAAUCGAAAAAUGAAAUUUUGCCAAAAAUUCACAUUGUGUUCCCGCAUAUUUUGAUUUACGAAAACGAUCCAUUGCCUAAGGGAAUAUGCGAGAAUUGCGAGUUAUUUAUAUACGCCACACACGAAAAACUCGUCGAAUUUAACAAAGUUCAGCAGAAUUUGGUGUCUGGCGUCACGGAUGUCGAUUAUUUGAACGGUUUUGUCGAGAUAAAGAGUCUUUUGGAUCGCAUUCAAGGCAUCAAGGUGCGUCAAGCCCUUCAAAAUGUCACGAUAAAGACAAAAGUCAAGAGCUUAUCUCGCAUCUGCAUCGAUUUUUUCAACAAAAAUGGACCCUCGAUGCUCGAUACUUACCUAAAAUGUGAUAAAAAUCCCGCGGCGGAGCGAAAUGUGAGGAAGAGGAGUCACAAACGUGUCUCGUACAAAGGUUUCGGUGAUAAAAAACGAAAAAGAGCGCCAAGUACGAAUGUUGUAAGGACCGAAAAAGUUGAAAAACCGAAAAAACUUCCUCCUGAACCGCCCUCAGAGACACAGGAAACAGUUUCCAACGAUGAAGGAGGUCCCGCGACACGUCGAAGGUCACGAGCUUUGUCCCGCGUGAACUACGUCGACGAUAUUCCGGACUCAGUUUUGUUCUAUGACGAAAUUCAAGCCGCCAAACGUCGAAAACUCGAAGAAAAAGUGAUAUUAGAAAGUAUUAAGGAGGCAUCGCGACACCCAAAUACCGAGGUCUUCCAAAAUCCACACUCGCAAAUCCAAAUAAAUGCCGCCAUGAGUAUCCCAUCGAUGGAAUUUGACGAUUUGGCGCCCGAAAUUGUCUUUUCCAAGUGCAAAUGUCGUCAUUGCGGACUAAUUUGUGAUAAUUUAAAGAUAUUGGCGAUACAUAAUAUGAAACAUUUGUCCGUAAGAUUGCAGAAAAUUGGUGAAAAAAUGACUUUACCUGCGAAUUUGAGGCGUGGCGUGAUGUUCCGUGAAGAUCGUUACCGCGUUGUUCGAUGCACGAGUUGUUUGCGGACUUUUCGGAAUGCCGAUCAGAUCAAGGAACACUGGAAUUCGCAAAAUUGUGACUUUUAUUGCAAAAUUUGUUAUGCCUCGUUCCAUCAGAACCCUGAAAUGAUCGAUGAUCACUUGUUCCGGGCUCAUGGAGUGCGUCGCCAACGUCAUCAGAGGCCCGUUGUGAAGCCUCUGGUCCGUUUAGAGCCGCGCGAUAAAAAAAUCAAAGUCGAAAAUGACGUUUCUCCAUCGCCGCCAAGUGGUUUCAAGCUAAAAGUCAAAAGUGUGAGCAUGAUAAACGCGAGUGCGCCCCUUGUUGAGCCACCGCAAGAGCAUUUCACGCCGUUACAAGACCAAACUUUCGACGAAAGCGCAAAUUUAAUGUAUACGACGCCGAAUUUCGCCGCGCAAACGUAUCUGAAUCCCUCGUUGGUGGCUCAAAAUGCUGUGCGGGCUGUUUGUCACAUCUGUCAUUGCUCGUUUCCGAAUAUAAACUCGAGAAAUAGUCACAUGAAGGCCCAUAAGCAGUUCGUGAGUACGUCGUCGAUGUCACAAAUGCCGUCGCCAUAUGCCGCAAUGCCUUCCGUGGGACCGUCGAUGGAUUUUGCGGCGAAUUAUACGCCUUGUGGGUUUGUUUAUUACAACAGGGCGGAGUUUUUGCAGCAUCGGAGUGAAUGUAAGGAUUGUAGAUAUGCGUGCAUGGUGUGUUCGAAGCCAUUUCAAGCGGGAUCUGAGCUGCAGAUGCACAUGAUGUUGCAACAUCCAAGAAGUUUGACCUUCAAGAGAUAAGGAAUGGAGAAAUUUUUUGGCAGAAAAAUGACUUAUUGGGCUCAAAUUGUAUAAAAAUUCACAAAAAUUGCGAAAAAAACAGAUUUCCUAUAAAAAUUCAUUCAUUUUCAGAGACUUUCGAAAGUCUUUCUUUCAAAUUUCGAAAAAAUUUUUAGUUUUAAACAAAGUUAAAAUUUUCGAAAUGUAGUUCGAAAAAUUUUUUUUCGAAAAUUUUAUG